AUGUUGGCAGAACCGGGCUCGUGGCCCGGUGAGUAGAGGCGUUGACUUCUAAACCAACAGGUCGCGAGUUCGAGGCUCGGGUGUUCCACACUUCGGGCUUGGGUAUGGCUGGCUGACGACGGCUAAUAAGCCAGAAAUGGCCAUUCCAGUCUCCCUUGUCUUUGUCGGUAAUAUCAUUCUGCCUAUAUAUCAUGCGCCGCUGUGCGGCUGCUGGUUGGGCUCGAGAGAGAGUCCAUAAGGCACAACGGAACGAGUGAGUUCCGUAUGAACGAUCGGUGAGCGCCCCCUAACACAGAAUAAAAUUGUUUGCCCCAAGAGAAUUGCUCCAAGUUCGCUCAACUAUUUCUCGGAAAAUUAAAAGCUUUAAUAGAAUGAAAGCAGUCAUGGGGCCUUUCACAUAUGAAGAUUUUAUCAUUCUUCCGUCAUAUGUUUUCUUGUACUAUUUCAUGUUAUUCCAAUUACUUUUAGCAGUCAGAAAUGUAAAUCAAAAACCACCUAAGCGUAACAGCAACCUAAGGUCUCUUUUUAUUACCCUCUCUUGUAAAGAGUAUUCGACAUUUCAAAAACCUGCUAGUCGACAUUUUAAUACAACGGCACUCCGCACCUGUCAAUCAGCUUGCUAAUGGAACUCUGAAGGAUGUUGGCCAUCCUCUCUACCCCGACAUUUUUGCUGCGAAAUCUUUCCACUCCAUGCUCCGGGAGCUUCGACAUAUAUCUCAUCGUAAAUCGAUAUAUUUGUAGCACUUAUUACUAUAUCUGGAACGAUGACUUACGUGCAAAUAGGCCAGAAUACUGAAAUUAAAACUUGUUGAGUGAAGGGGGUUGUGUGGAAGCUUUCGGUAUUAGACUUUCAGAAUAAAAUGCACUUCUCUCCCUCCCUCUCAGACAAUGUUCGCGACAGGAUGGCUCAACAUACAUUCAUUUUACUAAAACAUGUUUAAAACGCAAAAAUGCCUACGGCAUUUUGAACGAAAUAGACAUUUAGUGACAUCAGAUUUUCUAUUGCGAAGCAGGAUGCUCCGGGUCUCCAUGCUCGGCCAGCUCUUAAUCGACACCUUACGUCCAAAGGCACCGGUGUAUGGGAACGGAGACUCUGUGGACUGAUUUCGGCUGAUUUCAAAAUGAAGUCGGUUUUUUCCGAAUAGUCUAACAUAUGCCAUUUUUCAAUUUACAGAUCCCAUCCGAACUGGCGAACGCGUUUUCCUCUUCUCCUACAUCAAGAAUCAGCCGAUUUGGCAUUCUCUACGCUUCUGGAAUGCCUGCUUUUUCCAGUCAGUUCAAGAAAGUCGAGCAAAGCUCAUGGAUCAGGGAAAGUAGGUCUUGCCACAAUAGGCCCCAGUGAGACACGAUUAUUUGCCCAUUUUAAUUCGUAUGCGUCACCACUACGUCUCACCAGAUGCGCAUGUGAUUUUGUUUGCGACGAGACAUGCUGCUCGCACUGUCGACUUUGUGGCGAUCAAUGAAAUGAGAUCGACUUUAACCGCACACAAACAAUAAGUCCGUCCCCUCUAAUGACACAGUCAGAAAGUUGUGAAGGAUGAUUUAUUGUAUACGCAGAGCGAGUUGUCGUGAGUUUGCAGUUUGCUUGUGGGUCAGAGCAAGGCGACCCCGCGGGAGCUCACGGGUUGCGGUGUGUUGUUUACGCGAGUCUGAUUGGCUGGAAGCUGGACAUACGAUUGGUUGGUCCGCGCUCUGAGCCCGGCAGCCAUGAUCAUGAGGGCCCAAGGUAGGCAGGCGACGCCGGCCGACGGCGCCAUUUUGUGGUCGCGGACGUGAUUCAGUGCAACAGCCACACGAGGCGUUUAAGAUCAAGCCUGGCGUUUGGUCGUGUUUACAGGCUAGCAUUGUUGUCGCGGCCGUCGACCGACAAACAGACGGCAGAAAAGGGAGCACUAGAGGGGCUACUACAACUUCACUCGUUCUGUCACGUGGGAAUCCGAAACGUCAGGCGAAUAAAACCCUUGUUCCAGCGAUCAAUUCUACUUCUUAUUUACUUGCUCUUUCAAAAAAGUAGACGAGGUCAUGAGGGCGGGAGAUGGUUGUGGGCGUGGUAGGUAACCUGGCAUACAGCUCAGAGUAGACGUACUACACUCGCGCCGGACCUCGCUAGCUAACAAAUCUGACUUUGGCAUUUCUCAUCUUGCUAAGGCGAGAGUUUAAAUGAAGGCCUUAUUGAGGAGAAGUUAUUGCUGCCACGUAAUCAGUCCACUGAGAGUUCGAGCUAUCCCGUCAGCUGAAAACGUAACAUGAUUUAUAACAGAUGGGCGCUCCCGAUCAACUUACGAAACAUGCUCGUUUCAUUGUGCCUCGAGGCUCAUACUAGAACCCUCCCGGGCAGUCGCACGCUGACCAGUAGUUAAUGUUGAUGAGAUGGUACCGACAAAGAAAGGGAGGCCGGAAUAGUCAUUUCUGGCUUAUAAGCCCUCACCAGGCGGUCAUAAUUGAUAUUUCCGAUCACAACCGACAGUACAAAGGGCCCGUGGCUCAAUGAUAGUAUCAAACCCCGUGACCAAUGAAUCCGAGUUUGAAUCACAAGUGAUCCACACUUGGGGUUGGGUAUGACUGGCUGGUGACGGCUACUACACCUGAAAUGGCCAUUUCGGUUUCUCAUGUCGUUGGCGGUACCUUCCCAUUGACUUAACGUGAUUUAUUCCACUGUGACACUUCUAAUUCAAGUGUACUUGAGGUGUGAUUGCGCACAGUUACUACCGUGUCUCCGUGCAACGCGUACGGCCCGGCUGUGAGAUCAAUGAAAUGAGAUCGACUUGAACCGCACACAAACAAUAAGUCCGUCCCCUCCAAUGACAGUCAGAAAGUUGUGAAGGAUGAUUUAUUGUAUACGGAGAGCCAGUUGCCGUGAGUUUCCAUUUUGCUUGUGGGUCAGAACACGACGACCCCGCGGGAGCUCAUGGGUUGCGGUGUGUUGUUUACGCGAGUCUGAUUGGCUGGGAGCUGGACAUACGAUUGGUUGGUCCGCGCGCUGAGCCCGGCAGCGCAUUAUCACGAGGGCCCAAGGUAGGCAGGCGACGCCGGCCGACGGCGCCAUUUUGUUCGCGCAGACGUGAUUCAGUGCAAAAACCACAAGCCUGGCGGUUGGACGUGUCUUCAGACUAGCAUGGUUGUCGCGGCCGUCGACCGACAAACAGACGCCAGAAAUGGGAGCACUGGAGGGGCUGCUAAAACUUCACUCGUUCUGUCACUGUCUCAGAUAAUGGGUUCAAGUGAAGAUCCGAAACGUCAGGUGAAUAAAACUCUUGGUUGAGCGAUCGCUUCUACUUCUAAUUUACUCGCUCUUUCAAAAAGCGAACGAGUAAUCAUGAGGACUGGAGAUGGUUGUGGGCGUGGUGGGUAAACUAGCAAACAGCUCAGUGUGAACGUACUACAAACGCGCCGGACCUCGCGAGCUAAUAAAUCAUACUUUGGCAUUUCUCAUCUUGCUAAGGCGAGAGUUUAAAUCAAGGACACAUUGAGGAGGAGUUAUUGCAGCCAAGCACUCUCUCCGCGGAGAGGUCGAGCUAUCCCGUCAGCUGACAAAGGAACAUUAUUUAUGACAGAUGGGCACUCCUCGAUCAGGUUACGGAAAACGCUCGUUCCGUUGUGCCUUGGGACUCAUACUAGAACUCUCCCAAGCAGUCGCAAAGCGACUAGUGGUAGAUGUCGAUGAGAUGGUACCGACAAAGACAAGGGAGGUCGGAGUGGUCAUUUCAGGCUUAUAGGCUGUCAUCAGCCGGUCCUAACUUAUAUUCCCGAUUACAACCGACAGGCCAACGGGCCCGUGGCUCAAUGAUAGAGUGUCAACCUCCAUGACCAAUGAACCCGAGUUCGAAUCUCGAGUGACCCACACUUGGGGUUGGGUAUGACUGGCUGAUGACGGCUAAUAAGCCUAAAAUGCCUAUUCCGGUCCCCCAUGUCUUUGCCGGCACCAUCCGAACGACUUAACAUGAUUUAUUCCACUGGACACCAGUGACACUUCUAAGUCAGCGCGCAGUUACCGCUGUGUCACCGUGCAACGCGUAAGACACGACUGUGCGCAUCCAUUUGAGUCGAACACAAAAACACGAUCCAUUUAUGUAUGAGACAGGACUCAGGAUGCAUAAACAGUAGGAGUAGGCAAAGGAGGGGUGCAGCGUAACGUUAAGAUAUUUAGUCAAAUCAGGAUGCAAACUUUUGACCACGUUUGCUUCCGGUAUCCUGCAAAAACAGCACUAGCCAAACGUGGCUACUCAGUUAAUUUGCCUUUAUCCCAAGGAAGUCCGAUCCCCUUGCGCAUUCGAAUAUAUUUUAUAAAAGACGAAGGCAGACGAUAGUUUUAUUGACCUUAACUUUCGAAUUCGAACUGGAGUUCGUUAUCAGAGACUGCCGGAGUGCAGCAACGUGUAAACAUUUAAAUCGUUGAGAUGUGAUGUGGGUGAAGCUACGUCCUUGGCUAAGUCUUAUUUGUGCUGCCUGGCCCACAAUGGUCCCCCAGCGUGGUGGCGCCGUUUGUACUUCGCGACGAUGUGAGCUGGGCCACCUAGCUGCGUGGACGGAGUGCGUGAUAACACGCAGGCAAAUCAGUGUGUCUAUUGAUAGAGUUGGUGUCCGACACACACGCCUCCUCCAACAGUUCUCGCUCCAUCUUGUUGCCGGCUCGCGCUAAUAUCCGUGUGUUGGCGAAGUCGAACUGAUGGCCUUCCUCCAGCAUGUGAGUGCGACUUGAGAUAGCGGAUCACCUCUCCGAACGGCCCGUAUGUGCUGAAGUAUUUGUGAGCUGAGAUGUCGUCCUUUUUGGUCUCUGUAGUGGCAAGGAAAGUUGUGGCACGGGAUUUGAUAGACUACGCCCGACUUCUCACCUGCGUCCAGUCGAUCCUUUAUUCCCAGGAUUCUGCUACGUAUGGUAGCCGCUGGAUGAUGAGCGAUGCUCACGCCUAGGUCUGUGGCCUCGGAAACAUUCUUUAUGUACGGUAGGGAGUGCCGAAUUGUUUGUGUCUCUCUUCCGUUUGUCCAUCGUGGGUGCGUGCAUACGCAGCGGCUGAUGAAACUAUUUUGGUAGCCGUUCUUUGUUAAUUGGUCAGGGCGUUUUUACCCGGUCGAAAAGCGCCCUCACACAGCCCCGUUUGUGCACCAAUGAGUGAUAGUUGAGGACCUCGGUUGCAUUGGUUACCUUUCUGUACACUGUACUGCUGAGUUUACCAUAAGGUGUGCACGUGACGAGCACUUCAGGGAAGGGUCGAUUCUCCGUCUCCUCGUCUUCUCUUGUAAACUGAAUGUCGGGGAAGAUGCUGUUAAGCAAGUCUUGAAAACCCGAUAGCCUGUCCUUUUCAAUAAUGAAGAAAGUGUCGACCAAUAAAGUCUUUCUAUAUUUUACGUCUGCAGCAGCGUACGUCUCUUCAAAUUUUCCGUCUGUUGAAAGUUCAUUUUUUUAGUUUUGAAUUCCCGAAAAAAUAUGAAUCCGAUCUGCCAUUGCGCUGAGGGCCGGGGUUGAAAAACUUCAUGCUCUACCUAUUCAGUUUGCAAAAUAUAAUAUAUUUUUCUUUGCUCUUAGAAAUCUAUUAUACAGGAUACGGAUCGCGUCCCACAGUUCUUCAGGAUCAUAAAUAGAUGUGUACAUAAGUUACUAUUUGAACUUGCAUUUCGAGGUCUUAUGGAUAUCAUAAUCGGUGUUUGUAAAACAAAAACUAUCAUCGCAUCUACCUAAGUAGUAGUUUUCGGCUUCCAUGCAUUCAGCUGCUGCCGUGGAAAGACGUAAAUUCCAGAAUCGGCGUUUUGGACUGACAGAACUGUCGAAAAAUUGUGAUGAUUAUGAGACAGGGUUUCGUCCCCAUCUAAGGAUUUCAGCCAACAUUUCAUGCCAGUCGCAUCAGCAGCAAUCCUAUGGCAGAAAGCAGGGUCUUAAGACAUUUGUGCAGGCAAAUGACAGGUUUCGCGCUCAUGCUAAAGAUUACAAAAGCGCAUCUAUUUCUUGUCUGACAUCCAGUAUAAACCACUUCUUUUCUAACAGGAAAUCAUUUUAUUUUUCACAGGUCGAAUGCCGAGAUCGACAUGGCCAUUACUGCCCAGAUACGGUACUAUGAGCCUAUUUCGCACAGACUUGUUUUUUUAUUUAUUUUUUCACGUCUUUUUGUCGUCUCUCUUGCUCUUUAAUCUCGAUGCCCAGUUUGACGAGGUCUGACUGGUUGCAAAGAGAAAUUUGAAUGCUGCCAGAGGCAUAAUAACUUAGCUAGAUGACAUUCUUCUUCGCACAUUAAUAACUGGCAGUCCGACCGUCGAGUUCGACGAUGUCCACCGUGCGCUCCACUGCAAGAUGAGAGCAGGGACGGUGACUUGUGCGUGAAUCAGUUUAUAGUGAUAGUAGACUUGCGCGGCAUCUACUGCACUCCCUCAUUCCCGUUCCCCACCUGAACCCAGUGUAAAGACAGAGGCAAGAAGCGCGGAGGCGGGGGAGGGUGCGGGUGGAUGGCACGGUAGAGCCCGCACCUUGGCGCUCCACUUCACACCCCCUCGUCCACACAGCUAAUGAUCCGGCUUUUGACCAACAGAAACAAUGGGAGGGGGCGGAAGGUGUCCCAGUCUGCGCGACGGCUACCGGCAACCGGGUCUGCCACCGCACCCCUAAAUGUUGGCAUUCAUUAUAGUGAACAGUCCGAUAGCGUCCGCCAAAAUCUAACAUGGCCCCGUGUUGAUCCAGCGUAUCUACUACGUGGCGCGUAUGGGGCAGACAAUAGUAACUGAAGUAAGCGACACACAUGCACACAUAGAUAACUAGUGAUCCGACUACAUGCGGGGGCAUAUUUACUUCAGUCUAAACAAUAGUAGUGAAAAUGCGAUCCCCAGGUGGCAUAUAAAAAUAAGAAAUGGCGUUCACUGGGAUUGGUUUGUUGGAGAUCCGACGUUUCGAGUAGUUUAUUCGUCUACCCAUUUUCAGAGACUAGAUAGUCCUGCGCACAAAUCCCUUUUGUUCAGUGCGUGAUCCGACACUGCCUCCUGUGUGGCUGCAUCCGACUCAUAUGUCACCGUGACCUGAAUCGCCCUCGUCGGCCGCGGAGAUGACUGACGGCCCCAAUUGUCCCGCGCCGUGACUGUUCCCUGUUAAGAAGGUUCGUAAAGUCAAAUGGGAGAAGCAAAUUGAUGUGGCAGUUGACAGGGCAAUUGGUGGAUAUCCAGGCUUCUUGCACUUGCUGUAUGAUCACCGCCCCGCCCCCACAAUCCCAACGGCGUCAAAGUUGAAGGCGCGGCAUGGGUUGCUACCUUCGACUUUGGGUCCAUUCUUCUUGCGGCCAACUUAUGCUCGUUCAUUCGCGUUUGCAGCGUCAGCCAGUUUCCCCAACGUAGUUGUACCUUCUGCAGUUGAAUUGAAGUCGGUAGACAACGGCCGACUUAGGGAUCGGAUGUUUUGGCCGCGUCAAUUGCCGGAGGAUUGUUGAGUCAGACCUGUGGGCAACACCUAUUCCGAGUGGCGCGAGGGAGACCCCUUUAAUGUACGGAAUGCUCCGUCACGAGUUUGACUGACUAUGCUUUUUAUUCGGUUUCUUUGGCUGCCUUCAGCUCCGAUCAAUGAAUUCCCGCGGAUAGCCGUUGGCUCUGAAGUGAAGGACCUUUACUCGUCCGAUUUGGCGACUGGCAUGCUGCAAUGAAUUUCCACCCGUCGACAUAGCUUGCGCACACAGCUCCGUUUGUGUUGCAGUGGGUGUUUGCUGUUGUAACUGAGCAUUUGCAGUGCGUUCGUCGGUUUUCUGUAGACUGACGUCGCCCGUUUGCCGUCUGGUUGGCGGCAGACGAGAACAUCCAAGAAUCGAAGUUUGUCCCCUAUUCCCUCUUCCAUCGUAAACUGUAGUUCGGGAAUGAAUGAGUUCAGUAGUUUUGCACAGUGGUUGAUUUUAUCCCGGUCGACGAUUACAAAGGUGUCAUUGACGUAGCAUGGCAAAAACUUUGGUUUGUACUCCCCCAAUAGUCUUAGUUCAAAUUUCUAUAUGCAGACUACUUGGCUGUUUGUACGUGUAUCCUCACAAGAACGAUAAAACUUUACGAGAGGGACGUACCCUCAGCUAACUAGAAAUCAAUUAGAUCAAGUUUUAGUGAUUUCCCACAGACAGAUAAACAGUGUUCAUUGUGGCCGCUGUCGGAGAUCGAUUUACCUUUUGAGGAAGACAGUGAUCAGUAUCUUAUAUGCUAACUUGUUUUUUUUCCAGCUCUUACCUGAACACGAUGCAGGUGUUUUCCCUUCACGCUACAAUGCGCCUGGAAUUUCUGCGAAAACAGGGAGCCUUGUUUAAUCUCUGUCAAGGUGAGCCACUCUUGCGUAAAGUUUAAUGGUACAUUUGGUAAAAUACCAAUUAAGGGUCGCUUUUUAAAUUCGUCCAGACAGAAACGCUCAAUUCAAGCACUUACGUAAGAUGGCCUACUGAGACCAGCCAUUUUGCUUUGCGUACAGCCAACGCUUUACCCAUCCGAGUCGUCUAUAAUAUACCAUAAAUAACAGUCUACAGUAAUUUUUUUAUUAUUUCACUUGCGUCGUAAAAUUUGCGGCCUACUCUAAUUGCUAACGUGUGAGAUGUACGCGGGUUUUGAAGUUUACCAAUGCUUUAACAAUAUGUUCGGUUUCCGAAAUGAUUUGUUUUUGCGACACAAUUGUAUAAUUUUGCAUAUCUCAGAAACAGUCUUCCUGAUACUCACACACUGUCGCCAGAGAUUUGGAGUGUGUUGAAAACAUUCCCCUCAACAGUUAAAAACACGAAAACAAGCAACUUCAGUUCCUCAGUAUCAUAACAUUCCUGCAAAUAGAUUUGUUAUAAAAAAUUCUAUUCUAUCAAAAUGCGCAAAAUAGAAUUUUUUUAUUCGUCCUUUCCAUAAAAUACAGGUGAAAUUUUAUAGCUGUCGCGAAAUAAAUUAGAACACAGUCCAGUGCUGAUUUCUUCAGGGGAAUGUAUACAGCGAACGGGAGUAUGGGCAUCAAAAUUACCCAUGCAGUACAAAUUUAGACUCACUCCACAUCUGCUCUACAGUCUCACACAAAUUUGCUUGUCAAUUUUGAAUCGCAUCGGCUCAUUCUUGUCAAUAUUUAAUGCGUUUGGGCACGUAGUUUAUGUGUACACAAAAGUCGGCCACUUCUGGAAUGAUUUUCUAUUCCUCUCUCACCGCAUCGGUCGUUAGUUUCUGAGAAAAUUGACUUUGCAUGUGUUCGUAGAAAACCGAGGUUAAGAGCACACGGAGGCAUAAUUGGCGCAUUGAGUCAGAAGAAGCGUUUGUUACUUAACAAAUCCAACAGACAUUGGCCCCUAUGUUGCAAAACAAGGGAAACUGAUCGCCCAGCUUUGGAAGGACAGCCGUAAUAGUAAGCUAAAUCAACAGAAUGUCCGUUAAUGACUCAUCGGACAGUUACGCUCUUAAGACCUGCCUCAGUACUCUAAAUCUCCAAAAAACAGUGACCUAACGAACUUACUUUAUCCUAAACAAACAAGAUCGGAAUCGGGUUAAUUAAAUCGUAAUACAAUUAAAAUUUUGGAUCAAAGUUUUUAGCGAUGCUUCUGGUGCUGCGAAUUGAGUGUAAAUUGAAAGCGUCAUUUGUGUUCGACCUGAGCCCUUUGUUCCUCCUUUCUCCAUGUCGGAAUUAUACAUACAAGCAUAUCAAGAUUAGACCUUUCAGGAAGGCAGGCGUCCGGAGGAGUAUUAUGAGUCCAGUCCAGAACAUUUUAGAAACGCUUAGGUUUCAGGACAAGGUGCUUAAACCACCAACGUGAGACAAAUGGUCUGGCCGUACGAAUUAGAGGUAAGGGUGCACAACUGACUAGUUUAAGAACUGUGGCUAGAAUUUUGGGCGCGAUCAGCAAAAUGCGGACUUAUUAACUUGAAUGUGUCUUACCGUAAAUUCAUUAUGACUGUACAGAUACAGUGUGUCCUAUAACUUGUAUUAAGUAAUUCCGCGUCUGUUCAAUAUUUUCACUCUCGCAGUUGAAUUUGAAUGCAUUAAAAAUCUUUUUAAUUCAGUGAAAUAAGGAGGUUUCUAAAGAUCGACAGAGUGGACAGGGGGUUUUCCAUUCCACUUUCGCAAGAAAUGUUAAGUAAAGCUCUAGGAUGACGUUUAUUUUCAAAGAGCCUUCUUAAGUAGAUUUGGGAUUUUAGUUAUCCCAAAGCAAAACUCUAAGAUAUUUUGGACACGCUAAGCUGCUGACUUUUGAAAGAACUUUGUCCUGGCAGCCUGAAAAACUACAUUUAAAAAAUGACUAUUUGAGUAAACCGUAUUUUUAUCGUUAAUUUUUGUUUUUUUUUAAAUCCAAAUCACAUCGCAAAUUCGCAAAAGCAUUUGGCAGAACUUUCAACUUUUCGAUUCCGACUAGGUUUGAGCACGACGUGCGGUUAUGAUUGCGCUUUGAACUUACAGACAAGAAGUUGUACAUACUCCGUGGAAGGAAAAUCGUAUAUUUCUAGGCACUAUUGAAAAUAUAUCAUAUUGGACUCAAAAAAUUGCAAAAGACAUGGACCACUUUGUUCCCAUUAUUAGCAACAUCAUUGGGCUGAUGCGAUGCUGUUUGAUUGCAUAUUUUGCAGUCUUAAGAAUGUCGUAGAAAAGAUUUUAGGGUCUAAAAUACUCCGCUUUCAAGUAUAAAAUUUAGAACGGAAUUAAUUUGGCAACAACUGGGCAAAAAGAGCAUUAUGUGUGUAAAUAUAUUUGAGUAUAUAAGAGUAUAAGAAAACUAAGGAAAAAUUCACAAUAAUUCAAUGGCCAAUUUUUACCGAAUGUUGUUGAAGCAGGCGACCGAUAAAAAACAUCUGUCCGAAUACCGGCAUCCUGCAGUGAUCAAAAAAAUCUUUUGAUUAUUCUGCAUGCUAAUUAAUAUGCAAACCACACAUAUGUGGUUUUCGAGUUCAAAAAACAUUUAAAUACUUAAUUAACAAUACCGGAGAGAGCAUGUUCACCGGAAUUAUAAAGUUACGAAUAAUUUACAUACAUUACCGAGGGCCGUUAUCUCCAUAUGCAUGAAAAUAUUCGCAUCGCUGGUAAAAUGCACAGUGAAUUUUACGAAAGCUUACGUCUUUGCUAGCUUGUCGUAGAAGUUCGACAAACCACCAGCGAAGUGUUUGCUCUGUUAACCGUGCAUUACAGAACGGUGAAGCUGUACUACUUUAUCCUGAUAUUUCGACCAAAUAUCUAUAAAGUUAUCAAGGCUUCAAAUGUGCAGACAACUAGUAUUAUCCUCUUGUUCGUUGACUUGUUUAGAAAGUACAAGCCGAUUUCAGAAACACAACAGACGCUUAAAUAUGUCGUGCUCUGUUAAUAAUGGCGACUGUUUUAGAAGCAUUAUGACCGCAUUUGAAAUCAUUUAUAAAAAUUAAGCUCAUUUUUUACUUUGUGAUUUUGUUAUUAGAUUUAUGUGCUUAGAGGUAUACUUCAGAAGAAGUAUAAAAGAAUUAUAAAGAAGUUUACGUCCCUUGCCAAGUAUUCAUAUAUUCUAAAAAACAUGGCAGAAGUGGCAGUUACUUUUAAUUUUUGAAAGCGAGUUGAUAAAUUUUUCAGUAUUUUCAAAUCACAUAGUAUUUGUCGGACAAAUUGCUGGACUCGGCGAAAAUUCCCCGAGGCAGAAAAAACCAAUUUUAUUGGGACUCCUGACUUCGUCCUCGCAUUUGAUAUCCUGUAUUUUUAAUCUUACCUAAAAUCCCAAAUCACUGAUUGGACUUUUGUAAGUUUCUUUAGACAUAAAUUUCACUUAGCUAGUGUUGGACUUCUGAGUGGAAAACGUAGUGAUCGCGAAAAGUUUAAGGGCCCGCUAUGUGUUGGCUAUUUAUAGAAGAAGUUCUUUCAUAAAUCCGAAUAAAUAUCAUUUGGGGCAACGCCCUCCGACUUAAUCCACACUUUCUUUAUGUAUUCUUCAGUGCUACUUUAGAUAACAUUACUUUUAAAACUGUUAUACCUCCCAUGGAAGUAACGAAUAGUCUAUUCGAACAGCGGACGUCUGCUUUACGAUAUGUUUUCAUCAGGCAAUUGCGUGGGUAAGAUGAUAAAUCAAGUAAAGUCAAUCUUUUCACGCAAAUGGAAUGUGCGAAACAUGGGGGGAUUCAAUGAGUAUCUGUCUAUUUAAAGCGAUCACGGUUAGCGUGAGCGGGGUAAGGGUUAAGAAGAGCCAUGCUAGCGCGGAGAAAGAUGCACGAAGUUUGUUGAUUAAUUGGUCCUUGGCUGUGGUAAAUGCGAGGACUACACAAACGUUUUCUGUGUUCGCAUGACGGACUCGCGUAACCCGAUUGUGACCGCUUCUGCUCUUAGAGAAUGUGCUGUCUGGACGGAUUAGGAUAGGUCGGUGGGACCUUGUUAGUCACAUUGAAGGCAUCGUUUGAACCCAAAUGACACACAGAAUUGACAAUAUUUGCGAGAAGGCGCACGCACAGGCCAAAUUGCGCUUCUUAUCGCCAAUUUCGGGAAUUGUUCUUGCAUUCAUUCAAAGUGACGCCGGAUCAUAAGAACUAUGUGGCUUUCUCGAUGGGAUUGAUGCAAAUAGAGGCGGUUCGAUCAGGCAACAUAUCCCCAUCAUAUCCGUGUAUAUUCGGACUGAAAACGGUUGAAGAUAAUCCUUGAACCAUUACUAUUAGGAGGAUCUGUUAAACAGCUUGUUCAAGGCGUUUGCUAGGAAACUCACUCGUCUGGUCUUCUUCAACGAAAACAUUUAGGAAUAAGGUUUUCUUUCUUGCUGUCAGCGUAUAUAAUGUUCUUUACAAUAAAUGUGUCAGUAUCCCUGUUCCACAAGGCGGAUCCCGAAUCCUUUAUAAAUUCCCAACGGAAAAGUUUAUAUUCCAUUGCAUCGGAAAAUGGACUAAACUGGCUUUCUCUUGGAUUGUUCGAAGCUGAUAUGGUUCGUAUGUUGUCGAGACCAGCAUUUCUUGCAACAAGCGCUUUCUUAAGCUCCAGCGUCAGAUCCUUCGUUCAGGAGGGCAUAGAAGUAAAACAGUGAACUUGCCGUGUCCACCACAAACAUGAAUUUUAUCGACGUAUGUGACUGAUCUGCAGCAUCUAAGUGGGUGAUUACGUUGGUUUGUGUAGCAGAGAUUUCAAAGAUAUCCAUACAUACAUCACAAUGCCCUUUAGAGAGAACUUAGAGGUGAAGUCAGAUCGACGCUGUUAGGGAAUAUUAGCGGUGACGUUAAUAACCCAACUCACAGACGUUCCCUCUCCUGAAGAAUACCCUGUGCUGAAUAGCUUACUUUCCUCACCAAAACAAACAGACAGCUCCUUUGCAUCAGUUCUGGAAAGGCUAAAUGAUGCACCCAAAGGACGUGAAUUCGAAGGGCAGUGAAUAAACUCACGAAUAAGCAUCAUUCGGAAAUCCACACCGUUCAGGGCAGGGACGUACCCAGUUCACAAGCGUUGCAUAUGUGGAAAGUGUAAUAGAAAGCAGGAAAAAAUGUGGGUUGUGUUUAAUAAGAGAGAGCGUUACAAUAGCACACGUACAGUAGGUGGGCUAAUGCAUGAAAUGGCAACUGAAAUUCCGAAAUGCGUUUUCGUUUCGAAAAGAUUAGUUAACUAGCCUUGUAAAACUGGUCAGCCUGUAACAUAAUCGUAUAAUAUCUCAGGUACCACAGGAUUCCGGCUUUCGAAAGAACUACCUUCCGGCUGCAUGCAAAUUCUACACUGGAAAAAAUGACUACGAAUUUAGCGUGAAUUUUUCUUAUUGAUUUUCGGUGCUCCUAAAUGUCCAUUUCAUGGAGAACAUCCAUAAAAAAUUUCAUUAUUUUGCUCAUUCGGUAGAGAAUUACAUUUUCUUCUAAUUUUAUACUCGAAGGAGGGAAAUAAUUCAGCUUUAAUAUAGUUUUAAAUUGUGGGACCUUUAAAAACCGUGAAAUGGCUGUUCACAAAUUGUCUUAUCUCUGCACUUACCAACGCGGCUGGUAAAGUUAACAAUAUAGAUCAUAUCCACUGCUAAAUUUUAUGAACUCAAUACAGUCCGCGUUAAUAACCGUAGAUAAAUGUGCAUUUUCCGUACGCGGAAAAUAUGCGGCUUGUAGUUUGGAAACCCUGAAUCCGAAUGUAACGGUAGUGCGGGUUCAAAAUUAUUCGGAAAUUGGAAAAAUUUUUGAAAACCAAAUUAUGCCCUUCCUUCUUAUAUAAGAUUACAAGAAGACAUACUCGUCUACAAAAUGAGCAAAAAUGGAUAUUUUUGUAUGUUUGUCAUGAAAUAUAACCGGACAUUUAGGGGCAUCGAAAACAAACGAGAAAAAAUCAUGCUACUUAAGUAGUCAUAUUUUACAGUGUUGCUUUUGCUUGUAACCAGAAGGAAGUUCAUUCGAAAGCGGGCAUCCUGUGGUAACUGAAAUAUUAUAGAAUUAUGUUGCAGGCUGACCAGUUUUAAGACGCCACUUAAUUAAUCCUUUCGAAACGAAAACGCAUUUCGGUAUUUCAGUUGCGAUUCCAUAAGCAUGUUCAUCUACUGCAAGUAGAAAAAAUAUGUUUUUUUACUAGACUAUCUUAUUCAAGUAGAAUACGCUUCCCAACAGUUACUGGAAUCGUCCUCCUCCCUAUUAAGGGCACACAGCUGCCCAUGAUCUAGCUGCGAGGUCAAUUGUAUCGAUUGGGGUACAUGUUCAGAAGAGAGGGGUUGGAGAGGGGGUUGGAAGGACCGUCGGAAUAAGUACUCGGUUAGCGAGCGGGAUAUAUUUUUUUAUGUUAUCAGCGUUUAUUGCGCGCGAAGAACUGUUGUGAUCUGAGGCUCUGUGAAAGAAAUAAGCCAUGAGUAACACGACGUCGAAAUGGAAUAAACCUCACCUUAUUGUACAAAGAGCUUUUGGGGAGACAUGGGCUGACAAGGCUGGUCGAGAUCGCUUCGUCGAUGGAUGCACGCGUGAACUCGAUGGUACAAAGUUUCUCUUCUGUCAUUCACAAUCAAAUUCAAAUUAGCUCAUGUUUGGUGUAAGGUAGUUUCUGAUGUUGGAAGACGUUAAUGUCAAUGUCGUAUAUUUCAAAUGGUGGUUGAAAAAGUAUAAGUCCUUGGCACAUGGAUGGGAUAAUACCGAGUGAAUAAAGGCGCAGCUAUAAGGGUUCAUCGCAAGCAACAAUACCAAAUGCGAUGCUCCGAUCCUCAGUGAAAGCCUUCUGCAUGUAAUUAGUUUACCCAAAUCCGCUGAUACACACAUCGAGUGAUGCAGUCCCGUUCCAGUCUUCCGGUCUUGAGCUGUAUCGCAUUUCUUACACUAACUCGCUUUCAAAGUUUGUUAAACGAGGUAAGCACACUCAGGCGCCGUCUUAUACACCUGGCACGAUCAUUUCUACUCUCCAGCUGAAGAGUAGAUUGCAAGUGCGCUUGUUGGGAAUCCUGACCCCGAGCAUUGCGAAUACGCAUAACUACAGGAGUUCUAGGUUGCCUAGUAGCAAAACCUGAGAUUUCUCGGUCGGAUCUUAUUUCGUAGCCGUACCUGCAGUAGACAAGCCCCCGCCUAACCCCAAAUCUCCAGCCCCAAACCCUAUCCCCCUAAUCCCUAACUCCAGCGGGUACGGCCACGAAAUAUGAUCUUGCCGACUUCUCAAAAAUUGUACCUUUAAAAGGGGGACAUAUUUUCCAAUCCAGACGUUAUGCUAAUACUUGAAAAGGGCAUGUGCAACUUACGACGAUCCCCGUACUAGUCGGUUCUUAGGUCGCCGUCUCCCACGUUCUUGAUAAUAUUUUCCUAUUGUUGUCCCGUUUGGUAAGCUGGACAGCUGUUCAGUUGCAGGAAUUUGUUUCGCUGAUAUAGAUGGUGUUUACGGGGUUAUUUCACAUCACGCGAUCGUUUGCACAAUAUUAAGAAAGUCUAUGGAGAUGACCUCGUUGACCCAGAUCUAUAUAGUCGCAGAAUGUUAUGUCAUCCGGCUAAUUAGUUCCGAAUUCCCGCAUGUUUUGAGAUCGGUGGAGAGUCAGUGAUAAGUCUAAAUGAUGAGUCAUUUGAUCAGUAGAAGUGGGGGGAUGACUGUUCAAAAAUGGGAUUAAGAAGAGGAAUUUCGCGGUUCUUAGUACGAUCGUUUCUCUUGCCUGUAAAAUGCACAAGUCACCUGGAACCAGUUUCAGCACAGGGUCGGAAUCAAGUCAAACCGCACUGGAGACUGAGCUUGAGAGCCAAGAUGGCGGCAAAUAAAACCCCCUGGACAUCUAAUUUACUCUACUGCCCAGAGAACGAACCACGCCUUUUCAGUAAAUGGUGGAACGGACGAACUUAGGAACCAGGCAGGUUAAGAACCGAUGACGCUAGGAGGCCAUACAAAGGGGAUAGUGAGUUUGGUAUAGGAUUUUGAUACAAGUGGAGACUCUGAUGCAUGGACAAUUUCAUCGGAGGCGAAGAUGUUCUUGGCACUGAUUGUGUGAUCUAAAAAGUUUAUUUUAUAUCGUAAACAACUCUUAGGCUUGUCAGUAAAAAUCCGCGCCAGCGUAAUUCAUCUUUCGGAUUGGAAGGCUUACUCUUAUACAUUGGCGGAACGAAAGCGAGUGUCCAAGUUCCAGGUGUACGCGUAAGUGAAGAAGACACGCGGGUCGAGCACUGGAACAUUUCGAUUAUUGUUUUGAGCUUUCGAAAUCGUGCAAGGGUCCAUCGUCAGAAAUAGUAGUAGCACAAAAAAGCGGCAGUUAUGGGGCGUGGUAGCCAAUCAUCGACCGACGGCGCAAGACUGGGGGUGACUGUACAGAAAUGUGUACGCCGGCGCCAAAUCGAUAAAUCGAUUGACGGAGUUCUCAUCCGAGGCCCAGGCUUCAAUCUAUUCUCUGACCGUUUUGAUUCCGGUGUAGGCGACUCUUUUGGUGGCUGCGAAGUUAAACUAAUGACCCGUUUCGUAGGUGUGAACUGCCGCUUGUGUUAUUGCGUCGCCUCGUCGCGCAAUUAGCUUAUGUUCGUGUAUGCGCGGAAAUGUCUUUAGACUGAUUGAACGCUGCUUCGAAAAAAGCCCUUGUCGCACGCUUCCUCUACAAUAAAACUUACAACCUUGUCGGUUAUCCCAAGGGCUUUCAAACCAUGCUUUUUGAUCUUGCCUUGCACGCUAUCCUGCGGUAGGGGGUGACUCACUAGAGCACAGCCUUUGCGGAAAAGUACAUUUGAUUUUUGCACGCAGUUUAGCCUUGCGUAAAUUGCCAAGAUGCGGAGGUCACAAAGGAAUGUUCAAUGGAGAGAGCACGAUUCUACCGCUAUGCUUUGCCGUUCAUACUGAAUGUUUUUUUGCUUCCCAAACAGAUUAAAUUAUUUUUAGAGCCCUACGUUUAACAUAAGUUACUCUGACGCGGACCUUGCCUCGCUCAAAACAUGGGAACUAGCUGUAAGCUAUAGUACAAUUUUCGCGAAGUUUCAGCUAUAGCAUGGCGCAAAUGAGAGGUGUUUGACUAUUUAGAGAGUCCCUAAGCUGUUUAUAGGUCUGAUAUUGAUUUUGAAACCUUCUGCCAGAAAUCAAUAAAGAGAGGGAUGAGAAACCGACUAAAGAGACGGCGUUGAGCAGUAGGAGGACUAUCUUUAUUGAGAAAACAGUAUAAACGUUUUCUUUGAAAGCUUACUACUUAUAUGUAGGGUGGGCAUUAAACGGCCACUGUGCAAUGGUCCUUGAAUUAAAUAUGUAGGAAUAUUCAAAAUCGGUCUUAAAAACCAUGUCCUGGGCACCCACCUUAAGGUCCUACUCAUGCUAAUUUCAAAACGAAUUGACUUGAUAUUGUGCUCUUCGUUUAUGGCGUGUCCAACAAAGUAGGCACCUUUUAGGUUCCCCUGACUGCCCUUCAACGGCGUUUAUACCAAUUUCCCUUUUUUAAACUUGUAUCAAAAGUCUUUUUAAUGAGGAUUGAGUAAGAGUUUUUGCCGCAUCUGGCAGGAUCGAUUGUAAACUUCAAUGACAACGUCCUUAUGUUACGAAGCUGUUUAUAUGUGUGCCUAUUAAUUCAUUCAAAGUGCAAUAUUUCGCGGGUGAAGGCUCAUUUUGUUACUAACUGUCAGGCAGAGCUCCUAACUUCACCCUAGAAACAUCUUUUAAUCAGUAAUAUCUAGGAUAAUAGUGAAAACGCGCAUAAGCAUUGCAUGUAACUGUAUCACAAUUUUCCUUUUGAGCAUCUCAUUAGAGUCUUAUGCCGAUGAAGAAGCUUUUAACGGUGGGAUGGAAUGGAAUACUCAAAAAUAGUUUCCUUUGCUUGUCAAACUACAUCAGUCUCCCCCUUCCUAAUGUCAUUUGGGCAGAGCUCACAACAGAUAUGACGGAUAAGGCGACAUCACAAAUGCAUAUGCCCACUCCUCACCAUAAACGUACCAUAUAGUAUAAUUCUCCCACGAUCUCCCUCCUCAAAAUGACAGUCUUCAAAAUUCGGGAGGAUGACAUUCACUUUCCAUUGAUGAUUCCCAAAGUCAUCAAAAAUAAAAUGAUGCUUUGUUUGCACGACUAUCUGUUGUCAGUUUAUUCAAAUAUUGUUGCCAAAUGAAAUGGUUUCAGAAGCCCAUUUUUGACAUUCGUACGUUUCCGAUUAUGUAUUCUCAGAGGUAAAUAAAGUCAGUACCAUAACUUUUCAUUAUGACUCGUGAUGCAACUCUUUGUAAACCGGGAGUUGUUUAUAAAGUUGUUUUCGUGCCGAUGUCGUACACUUAAAGCUUCACAGACGAUGCACAUCCCAUUGUGUCCUCUGACGCAAUCCAUAGCCGUAGGGUAUGCGGCACUGUUAAAAAACCGCCUGCAUUUACCCACAUUGUAUGACGCACUCAAGAAGAUAUUGCGACUGCGUAUUCAGGCAGGUGAUGUCUAUAUGAGAGAUAAGCUUUAAGUUUGAAGAAGCGAUACUGAAGCAAGAACUACAGUUUUACUUUUUUUCUGAAGUGUCCUUUACAAGGAAACUUUUUCAUGCAUGCUCUACAUGUCCUAGUUAACUCUACUGACUGUGUGAUUUGAACAGCGACACAUCAAACGCGUUGUGCAAAAUAUGACUUAAAAAUCGCGCAUCCUGGACUUGAUGACUGAAUUCGACAUCCUCGUAUACUCACUCGCUAAUGUUAAAAGGCAUGCCAACUCCAAAGGAACCCAAUUUCGUGCUUAAAUUCAAUAUCCUAUAAGUUUACCAAGAUUUGAAUUUUAUGCAUGUAACCAUGGCUACCUAUAUAUUCCUAGUAGGAAGGCACUUUUGUCUCAAAAUGUGAAUAUCUUCGACUUUAUUUCAGAUGACAUUGAGGCGCUCUCAACGGCAAUCGAGAACGAGACAGCGUCCGGCUAA